AUGGCUGAUCAAGGAGGUAAUGGUACUAGUAGUGUUAUUAUGAGGGAUUAUAGGAAAGGGAACUGGACAGUGGGGGAGACAAUGAUUCUGAUUGAGGCAAAGAAGAUGGACGAUGAGAGAAGAAUGAAGAGAAGCGGGGAUGCUGCAGGUAGUGAAACAAGAUCAAGCAAACCAGCUGAGCUCAGAUGGAAAUGGGUAGAAGACUACUGUUGGAAGAAAGGGUGUUUGAGAAGCCAAAACCAGUGCAAUGACAAAUGGGACAAUCUCAUGAGGGAUUACAAGAAGGUGAGGGAAUAUGAGAGGAAGGAAGGGAAGGAAGAAGCAGCAUCUUAUUGGAAGCUUGAGAAGAGUGAGAGGAAAGAUAGGAACUUACCUACCAACAUGGUGCCUCAGAUAUAUGAGGCUUUGGUUGAUGUGGUGGAGAAGAGAGAAGCAGGCCAUCAUCAGAUCAGAGUGGUAGGUGGAGCUUCUAUUUCUGGUUCCAAUGUUCCCAAUCCCACCAUUGGAUAUGUUGUGGAGAGGCCUAUUAUAAGCACUAGUGUCCAUCAGGCUUCACUGCCUCCUCCAGUUUUGCAACAUCACAUCUCAGUUCCACCAAUUGCAGCAUUGCCUCUUCUACCCCCAGCUCCAUUGGCAGUUCAACCACCACCUACUCUUCCAUACUCACAACCUAUGCCCACAGUAGAUUCUGAGACAAGCCAUGAACAUUCAGACUCACCAGCCAAAAGGAGGAGAAGGGCAAGUGGAGGUGGAGGAGGAGGUGGAGAUCAAGGAACCAGUGGAACUGUGAGUGCAAGCACCUCAAGUGAAGUGGGCACUGCCAUCUCCAGAGGUGCUUCCAUGAUUGCAGAAGCACUUCAGGGUUGUGAGGAGAGAGAAGAGAGAAGGCACAGAGAUCUUUUGAGUUUGCAUGAGAGAAGGCUACAGAUUGAGGAAACUAAAACUGAGAUCAACAGGCAAGGCAUUAAUGGUCUCAUCGAUGCCAUUAACAAGCUAGCAGAUUCUAUCCAUUCCUUGGCUUCCAACAAGAACCAAUCACCUCCAAAUUAA